AUGUCAUCUCCCGCUGCUACGGCUAAUCGCGAUGGGCACAAUGCAGGCCGUCGAGCCCGCGAGGUUUAUCGAUAUUUUCGACCAGAACGUCUCGAUGCGAUCGACGAGGAUAUAACCCCCGACAAUCAGGACCAGAAUGACUUCCAAUUUCCAGAUAGAUCUCGAUCUCGAUCGCCAAAUGCGUUGCAGACCCGCCCCCAGCCUGCUGCCGCUCCCAUGAAUUCCAUGCCGGAUUCAUUAAUAUUGGGUGACGCAAAUUCAACCCUUGGUUCAUUCGCUCAACUGGCUGCUCUGCGCUUGGGUAUGGACCGCGUUUUUAUUAGUGUAUCGGACCGAGACUCUCAAUUUAUUAUCGCACAGGCCGGUCAAACGACUGAAAGCACAGACAAAUAUGACUUGUUAAGUAAAGGCCUUUACAAUGGCUGCUCGACGCUGGACGUCAGCAAUUGGAACAUGUGCCAGGACACUGUUGCAUUGCCUGCCUCUAAUCGGACCACGGGCGACUACAAUUUCAUCAUCUCGAACGACAUGUCCCUAGACGAACGUUAUCAGCAUCUGCCAUUAGUCAAAGAAGAUCCCAGCUUUAGAUUCUAUGCCGGAACCCCUUUAACUACAGACAGCAACAUCAACGUCGGUUGUUUUUUUGUUCUUGACACUAAGCCCCAUCCCGAAUUCUCAAAUAAAGAUCGGGAGUCCAUGGGUCACAUGGCAAUGUUGAUCAUGGACUUUUUAAAGGUCAGUCGCCAAGCCUCAGAAGGUAGGCGAGCCGCUCGUCUAUCCAAAGGAAUAAGCCAUUUUGUUGAUGGUCGAUCCAGCUUCGAGGUGUCAAGUGGAUCCCAGGGAACUUUGAGUCGGCAGACAAGCAAUGCAUCACGAGAUAGCAGAAAUUCUAGACAUCGAAAAGCUCACAGCGUAUCCUCCCAUCGAUCUCGCUCUAGUAGCUCCGGGUAUUCGGCAGCGUCAAAUCCCAACGGAUCUGACCCGUCCAGCCAAUCAAGCUACGAUACAUCAUCCUCUGAUAAUGGGUCUCAGUCUAAACAUGAUGGUGUCGAUACCAACUUAGGAAAUUGGACGACUUUUCGACGCGCCGCAAAUAUCAUCCGAGAAAGCCUUGAACUCGGAGGAGACAGUGGAGUCGUUUUCCUGGAGGCUGGAAACGACCCAAUGGUGGACCUGAAUAGUGACAGUGAUUUCUCUAGUUCCGCAGAGACCGGAAAGCACGCCUCCAUCUUGGCUGUUUCCACGGAAGAGGAUACUUUCGGCCCCAAUGAAGAGGUCCCGAUAUCGUAUCCGGUCGCGAAUAUGGAUGAAGAAUUUCUUCAUCGUCUUCUUAACAGGUAUCAGAAAGGAAAUAUAUGGUCUCUUCAUCGUGAUGGCCAGCUCUCAAGCUCUGAUAGCGAAGAUGGCUCGCCGAGGGACUACGCUUCUAGGAUAAAUUAUGUCCGAUCAAAAAGACCGAAGAAGUGGAAGACUAAAGAGAACAAGAUGCUCAACGAUUGCUUUCUAGGUGCCUCACAAGUGAUGUUCGUUCCAUUGUGGAGCUCUGCCAAUUCACAAUGGUUUGGUGGUUGCUUUUGCUGGAAUAACAUCGAGAGCAACGUGUUUGAUCAAUCAGUGGAACUUGGCUCUUUGCUAAGUUUUGGAUCAUCCGUGAUGGUCGAGUGCAGUCGAGUCGAAUCGCUGAUAUCCGACCGUCAUAAAGCCGACUUUCUCGGAAGUAUAUCACACGAAUUGCGAAGCCCGCUUCAUGGAAUCUUGGCAGCAGCAGAAAUCUUACAAACAACCGAAUUGAAUCCUUACCAAGGAUCCCUUAUGGACACGAUCAAUGCCUGUGGCCGCACGCUUUUGGAUACAAUGAAUCAAGUCCUAGAUUACAGCAAGAUCUUAUCAUUGGAAAAACGAUUUCGACAUCUAGAUCGCCGAAGAACGACCACUUUGGAGCUGAAAAAUAUGCAUCGAUCCGCGACACAUUUAGACGUAUAUGUCACAACUGACCUCUCAACAUUAGCCGAAGAAGUUGUCGAUGGAGUCUCUCUAGGUCACUACCAUAAUCAACAUUUCUCUUCAUCGUCCGAUUUGUUAUCAUCCCUCGAAACAAAGCAUAGCAUGACAGCACGUUCAACCUCCACUCACCCGAAAGUCAAAGUAACAAUUGACAUUGCACCCAACGAUUGGGUUUAUCAUAUCCCCCCUGGAGCUCUAAGACGAAUCAUCAUGAACAUCUUCAGUAACGCAAUGAAAUAUACCGAGGCGGGCCAAGUCUCAUUCCGACUAGAAGUUGAAGACUCUUCAAGACACAACACCCAGGAAGACCUGGUCACCUUGACAGUUUCCGAUACUGGAAGAGGCAUCUCCGAGGAGUUCUUGCGAUCGAGAUUAUUUGUUCCAUUCGUCCAGGAGGAUUCACUUGCCGCGGGCUCUGGCCUCGGCCUUUCCAUCGUCCGAAGCCUAAUUAAACCUAUUGGCGGCACCAUUAAUUUUCAAAGCCAAAUAGGGAAGGGAACGACCGUCAAAGUCUCUCUACCUCUCAUCCGCCCAGGACAAGAACUAGAAGCUCAUUUUGGCUCAUUGCCCUCUCCAACUGAGACACGUGAGCGAAAGGUAGCUCCUAAUGAUGCAAAGAUUCUGCGCCAAACCCACUCCGGUAAAACCGUCUCUAUAAUCAAUGCGAAAUACGAAGAUGUCUCUUCGCUUCAAUCCUGGUCAACCGUCUGCCGAUAUUUGACCGAUUGGUUUGGUUUAGAAAUCGUCCAUUUCUGUUCAGACUCACCCGCCGAUCUUAUCUUAUUUGAUGGAGCUCCUCUAGACAAAUAUAUCAAUGGUCGAAACGCCGGAAAUACCAAUGCCCUUAUCUUCAGCAACGAGUAUGUCGGUGGAGAUUCAACGCGCGCCACAUCUUCAAUCAGAUCUUGCAAUGUGCAUAUCAUCAAUCGGCCUUGGGGUCCGCACAAGCUCGCCAGAUUUAUAAAGAAGUGUCUCGACCAGAAGAGGUCUUUUAACUUACCUUCGGAGUUAGCGAUUUUACCAAAGCCCCCUGCACACGUGAAAAUCGAAAAACAGCCUAUUCAGUCCCCUAAACUGGAGGAAGGAUUUCAGGAAACGAACCAAGUGCCGGCCGUCGAAGUCAAAAAGGUUCAACCAAACACACAGCCAAAAGAGACAACUCAACCAGAGUCAAUGGAGAGAGGUGCUCGCAUCCUAGUGGUCGAAGACAACAAAAUCAACUUGAGCCUCAUACUUGCAUUCUUAAAGAAACACAAAUCAGCAUACGUGGACUCCGCGGAAAAUGGCAAUUUAGCUCUAGAUGCCGUCAAAGCUGAUAAACAGGGCUACGAUAUAAUCUUCAUGGAUAUCUCUAUGCCUCUCAUGAAUGGAUUUGAAGCCACGCGAGCUAUUCGUGCGUUUGAAAGGGGACGCAAAGAUCAAGUAAGGCCCUCUACUAUUGUUGCUCUUACGGGCCUCAGUAGUAUCGUUGAUGAGAUGAAGGCUAUCGAGUCUGGAAUGGACUUAUUCUUGACGAAGCCCGUUGCAUUUCAGGAGGUGAAGAAGAUUCUGGAUCGUUGGAAUGAGGAGCACGGUCAGGGAUCGACGUGA